AUGAUGGAGGACAAAAAUGGUGUAAAAGAUAAAAUAAAAAGUUUAAACCCGAACAUAUUUGUUUUGGGAUGUAUAUGCCAUUCAUUUGCAUUGUGUUCCUCAGCAGAAUGUACAAAACUACCUCGAGGCCUAGAAGACUUUAUAAGAAGUAUCUACAAUUACUUUGCCCACUGCAAUUUUCAAAAGUUUACGAAUAUAAAACCUUACGAAAUGUUGCACCUAGUCCAAACAAGGUGGUUGUCAUUACACGUAAGAUCAAAUACAAUAUUGAUAAUAUAA